AUGAUUAAAAACGGUCAAGAGGUUCCUCUACCAGUUGCAGACUCAGUGGUGAAUAUCAUAGAUAUAACAAAGGUGACGCGUAGUGGUCGUGUAUUCAGUCUAGUGUCUCCGAAGAUUGUAGAAGAUGUCUCAGCAAGUAAGAAGGCAAAGAUUCCAGUAGUGAAUCCAAUUAGUGCUCCAACGUGUCAGUCUGUGCGUAUCUCUAUUGGUGCUCAUCCACCUCCUGAAGGAGGCCCGACGAAUGAAAACUUCGUGCCUGCAGUUAACCCUUUUAUCCUGGGAAGAGUGCCAGUUUAUGAUCAUCAUGAUAUCUUAUAUGUUGCCCUUGGAUCACUAAUUGCUGAGAUGGAGAUGAAGGUCCAUGUUCUGGAGGACAAGAUGAAAGCUCUCCAAGGACCUGAUACCUUUGGGUUAGAUGCUGCUGACACGUGCCUAGUGCCAGGCGUGAAAAUUCCUCCUAAGUUCAAGGUUCCAAACUUUGAAAAAUACAAAGGGGUCACCUAUCCGAAGACUCACAUUCGAGAUUUUUGUAGAAAGGUGGCUGCUCAUUUCGAUGAUGAAAAACUCUUAAUGCACUUUUUCAAGAUAGCCUCAAUGGAGCUUCACUUGAGUGAUAUGGCGCCAAAUCAGACUCAGCUUCAAAGCCUUGUUCAUAAAUUGGAUGAAUCAUUCAAAGAGUACGCCCAUCGAUGGAGAGAGCUGGCUGCUAGAGUCCAACCUCCUCUUAUUGAAAAGGAGCUUGUCGACAUGUUCAUGGGCACCCUCCAUGGGCCUUACCUGGAGAAGUUGAUAGGAAUUACUUCUGCUGGUUUUUCAGAUCUAAUGGUUGCUAGUGAGCGAAUUGAGAACUGCUUGAAAUUCGGCAAAAUCCAGGAUACAAUAACUAGGGUUAAUGGAGCGAAGAAAUCCCAGUCCGGAUUCCCAAAUAAGAAGGAAGGGGAGACCAAUGCUGCCACGACAGCCAAAGGGGAAGCUGAGACCUACCAAAUGUCAUACUAUUAG